AUGUCUCAAGUAUACUUGCAUUCAUCUAAUCAGACUUCGUGUGCACCUACAAAUGGUACAGAACUGAAAUCAGUCACUGAUAAUGAAACCAUAAAUGAAAAAUGGACUGAAGACUCCUUUCCAGGAUUAGAAAUACUGUGCACAAUUUAUGUUACAUAUGCUGUGAUCAUUUCAGUGGGUCUCCUUGGAAAUGCUAUACUCAUCAAAGUCUUUUUCAAGAUUAAAUCAAUGCAGACGGUUCCAAAUAUCUUCAUCACCAGCCUGGCAUUUGGAGACCUACUGCUUUUAUUAACUUGUGUGCCUGUAGAUGCAACACGUUAUGUUGUGGAUACCUGGCUCUUCGGAAGAAUUGGGUGCAAGCUGCUCUCUUUUAUCCAGUUAACCUCAGUUGGAGUAUCGGUGUUUACAUUGACUGUUCUCAGUGCUGACAGGUACAGAGCCAUCGUUAAGCCUUUGGAACUGCAGACUUCGGAUGCACUCCUGAAGACCUGUUGUAAAGCUGGCUGUGUUUGGAUUGUCUCCAUGAUAUUUGCUAUCCCAGAAGCUGUUUUUUCAGAUUUGUAUUCUUUUAGUAAUCCUGAAAAAAAUGUAACUUUUGAGGCAUGUGCCCCCUAUCCUGUAUCUGAGAAGAUACUGCAGGAAGCUCACUCCCUGGUUUGCUUCUUAGUGUUCUAUAUUGUACCAUUAUCUGUCAUUUCUGUCUAUUAUUUUCUUAUUGCCAGAACAUUAUACAAAAGUACAUUCAACAUGCCAGCAGAAGAACAUGGUCAUGCCCGUAAGCAGAUUGAAUCCCGCAAGAGAGUUGCAAAAACAGUGCUGGUGCUAGUUGCUUUAUUUGCCUUUUGCUGGUUGCCUAACCACAUCCUCUACUUGUAUCGCUCUUUUACAUACCAUUCUUCUGUAGAUGCUUCUGCCUUUCACCUGAUAGCUACUAUUUUUUCCCGUGCCUUGGCCUUCAGCAAUUCCUGCGUCAAUCCUUUCGCUCUUUAUUGGCUGAGUAAAAGUUUCCGGCAACACUUUAAAAAACAAGUCUCAUGCUGCAAGGCAAAACUUCGUACAAAGCCUCCCAGUGCUACCCACAGUAAUACACCUACCAGAGCCCUGUCAGUCACAGGCAGCACACAUGGCUCAGAAAUCAGUGUUACACUGCUAACAGAUUAUAGUAUCACAAAAGAAGAGGAAAGUGUUUAG